GGUGACACGGCCUCAAAUAUAUCCAGUGGUUCAGUUUUAUGGUAUACUACGUUUUUCACUUCAGAUUCCAGGGAACCUCGUGGCUGUCCAAACACCUGCAAAAUGACGCGAAGAUCUUGCGCGAUUUACGGAGUUGGGAUCGUCUGCGCUCACCUGCUGAUCAUUGGAAUUGGCUUAGUCGUUGCUCAAGUUUUCCGCACUUUAAUCCAUAAUCGUUUAAAAAAGGAGAUUACUUUGACAGAGGGCAGCCGGGUGUUUGAGACAUGGAAGAACCCACCACCCCCUGUCUUCAUGGAGUAUUUCUUUUUCAAUGUCACUAAUUUGGAUGAGUUUCUGCAAGGGGCCAAGCCAGUGGUUAGCCAAGUCGGACCCUACACUUAUAGGGAGUACAGACCUAAGGUCAAUGUGACCAUGGUGGAGAAUGGCUCAAAAGUGUCAGCAUACAACCCUAAGACCUUUGUCUUUUCGAGGGAGAGGUCAGUUGGUGACCCAGCUGUUGAUGCCAUCACCACUGUCAACAUCCCUGCUUGGGCUGUCAUGAAUAAGCUGAAAGUAAGCUUCUGGAAGUCUUCCAUGAUGUCCAUUUGGAUGAACUCUAUGGGGGUGGGUCUCUUCACCACCCGCACUGUGGACGAACUGCUGUGGGGCUAUGAAGACCCCCUGCUGGCCCGAAUUGCCCCCUCCUAUCCUGAUGUUGAAAAGAUCUUUGGUCUCAUGUACAAGAAAAAUGAGUCAAAUGAUGGAGAGUUUGUGUACCACACUGGGGAGCAGAACUACAUGGACUACGGUCGAGUCGACACAUGGAGAGGUCAAAGCCAAUUGUCAUUCUGGAACUCUAACCAGAGCAACAGUAUCAAUGGAACAGACGGAAGUGCUUUUCACCCCCUGCUGAGUAAAAAUGAACGCCUCUAUGUCUUCACAUCAGAUCUCUGCAGGUCCAUCUUCCUAGAGUUUGAAAAAGAUGUAGUCGUGAAAGGGAUCCCAGCAUACCGAUUCACCCCACCACGGGAUGUAUUUGCCAGUAAAGAGGAGAACCCAGCCAAUGAGGGCUUCUGCGUCAGCCCUAAAGAGUGCCUGGGGACUGGCCUACUCAAAGUCAGCCCAUGUCGCAAAGGUGCCCCUGUGGUGGCCUCCUUCCCUCAUUUUCAUCUGGCGGACCCGAAAUAUGUUAAUGCCAUCGAAGGAAUGAAACCGCAAAGAGAGCAUCACCAAACCUUUCUAGAUCUUAACCCGACUACUGGAAUGCCAGUGCGUGCAAAUAAGCGGGCACAGAUUAACAUUUUGAUCACCAAAAUCUCUGGAUUUCCGAAAACAAAUAGCCUGAAUGACACCAUUUUUCCUGUGAUGUUCCUUAAUGAGAGUGUGGUGAUUGAUGACGCAUCCGUGGUGAGACUACAGAAGCUGCUGCUGAUAGUAACUCUGGUGUCGAACUCCCCACUUAUUAUUGUUGGUCUGGGUGCGAUCAUGCUGGUUGUCUUCAUCAUCCUCCUUGUCCGUGCCCGCAGACAGAAGACCACUACUGAAAACGAUACGUCAUACGCUCCGGUCAGUGACAAGGAAAAGGACGAGGCCCAGAAUGGAACCUAUAUCGGCUUGACACCUACAUCCGACAUGCAGUCCUGAGGAGGAGUGGCAGCGGAUGCACGGUGGUGUGGGUUGUAGACUUACACGCAUUUACAACUUGGAAAUCCAAAUGGGCAUGUUAUGAGAAGUAUACUUUCCGGGGGGGAGGGGGUGGGGGGGAUACAUUUUGGAAAUAGAGCAGAUGUACUUAACUCACUGAGAGCUACAACAUAUCUUAGCCAAGUACUAUCGCACUGGAUUCAAUCUUUUUGACAGCAUGGACUGGCCCCAGAAAUUGUCUGGGACCUAUUGGUAAAUUCUGUGUCGAGCAGUGUGUUGCUAUUGAAGGAUUUUUUUUCAGUAGUUCUAGCUUGUACGCCAACAGCUCCCAAUAACUUGAAAUGAAAAGUGUGAGUAGUAGGUAUCCAAUGCCAAACUCUGUUUUUUUUUAAACCCUAAGUAUAAAAACACCUGAGACAAUGUCAAAGGUUUAAAAUGUUUUCAUUUUACCUCAUCCUCUGUUUAGAUAGAUUCGUUUCAUUUCCAGGGCGGCACGGUGGCUAGCGCAGCCGCCUUAUAGUGAGAAGGUCCUGGGUUCGAGCCCCGGGGUAAUCCAACCUAAGGGGUCAUCCCGGGUCGUCCUCUGUGUGGAGUUUGCAUGUUCUCCUCAUCUCUGCGUGGGUUUCCUGUGGGUGCGGUGCUUCCUCCCACAGUCCAAAGACAUGCAAGUCAGGUGAAUCGGCCGUACUAAAUUGCCCCUAGGUGUGAAUGUGUGUGUGUGUGUGUGUGUGUGUGUGUGUGUGUGUGUGUGUGUGUGUGUGUGUGUGUGUGUGUGUGUGUGUGUCGGACCUGUGAUGGUUUAGCGGCCUGUGCAGGGUGUCUCCCCGCCUGCUGCCUAAUGACUGCUGGGAUAGGCUCCAGCAUCCCCGCGACCCUGAGUAGGAUAAGCGGUUUGGAUAAUGGAUGGAUAGUUUCAUUUCCAAACUCUCCCUGCUUUCGGUUAUCAGCAAGUGAUGAAUGUCUAAUAGCACUUAGGAGUGACUCACGACCAGAGCACUGAGUCUAGUUACUGGAAGCAUCCGCCAGUCUCGGGUGGCCUCUGUCAACACGUUAUCAAAUUCAAACGCUACAGAGGAGAAAAAAUGCAAGCAUUUCUUUUCGAAAAAUUUCAGUUGAUUUAGUAUCGUGGCAGCAUCCCAUCCAUGACUACAUUUUAGUGUUAUUUCAUCCUAAGCCACUUCUUUAUUACGUAUCUUUGACUCUGUCUGUGAAUGUGUUCAUUCAUCCAGGUCAUGGUUUUCCAAAGGAGUUGAAUCAAGUGCAACUGGACUUGGUAUAAUAUAUUUAUACCAAGUGCAGUUGCACUUGAUUCAACUCCUUUGGAAAAAUAUCUUUGACUAGUUUUCAUUUUCUGCUCCUGCACUGUGUCUAGAGGGGCGGUUGUGUACAACCAUGUUGCAACACCUGGAGGUUUCUCAGCAAGUAUAUAUUAUAUGAAAUGUCAAACUGCUUACAUUCCUCUGAAUGUAUGACCAGGAUAUGUAUCACGAAAGUGGUAUGCACUUCUGACACUGUCAAAACAUUUGCAAUGUAUAUAUUGAUCGAGUGUAGAAAUACACCACUGAUGAAGAUGCUUAGCAGGGGCUCAGCAUCAGCAGCAUUCUCCAGUGCCAUAAUAAAGCCUCGGGUUUGUUGAGCUCUCCAGAUUUUCAGACUUAGAGACUGAAGGAUUGAUUCAUACACUAUCAUACACUACUGAAUGUAUGACCUAACAGUAUUCUUGUCCUAUCAUUAUUCAAUAUACUCACUUAUAUUUGUAUAUCUGAAAAUAUUUCAACAUAUCAGUUUUGCUUUGUUUUAAUGGGAUUUUGAGAGGAACAGCUCUUAGAUGUUUUCUUUUCUUUUCUUUCUUCAGUUUGUUUAAAAAUCAGGUGUUUUCAGUUUAUGUACUCACAGCACUCCUGUUGCUGAUUGAAGCCAUAUCCAUAGUUUUAUUUUAUUUUAUUUUUUGGUUUUGAUUUAGAACCACUACUUGGAGCAGUGUUAUCAGACGUCCAGUCACUGGAGCACUAAAAAGUCACUGGAGCACUAAAUUGCGAGGAUUCAGCACAAUUACAGUGAAAAUCAACAGAGUUACUGAGAAAGUUUUAUCUGAAAAUAUUUUUUUAUACAGUCAGAGGAACCAGUGUGACUGGACAAUGAUCCAGGUUAUUAAUGCUGGAUGAGAGGAAUGGCUCCUCUCGUGAGUCCUUUUUUUAACAACACAAGGUUCUUGUCCAUACAGCCGCCAUUAUGAUCAAUAUCCUGACAUUUUUUUAAAUGUUAUUAUGAUGUUGCCAGCCAGGCGUGGUAAAAUUAAACUGUGAAGAGUUUGAGGCCUGCUUGAACGACAGUGGAGCACAGUGCUUCAGCUUACUCGCUAAAUGAUGUUGAAAAUAUGAAAUUCCAUUUCAGUGAAAGUCAAAAAUGACAAAGUUGGUGGAGGGAAACUUUUUUUUUUGUUUCAAAUUUGCUUGUUAUUUGACUGAUAUGAAACGGAUACGAAACGGAAAGAAAUGGAAACGCGUGAUCCGCUGCGGCGCCUCCUAGCGGGAGCAGUCGGAAAUACUUGUAGAUUUGACUGAUAGGGAAUUUUGCUGAACUCAGUACUACUUUAUGUUUGAUUAUGCCAGAGACAUAUCAAAAACUUUAAAAUAACAGAUCUUAAUAAUGAAUGAAUCAGGCCACUUCAUACCAACUUGUUAUGACAUGCACUGUAGUGUUCAGUAUUAAAUGUUUUUAAAAACACUAGAAAUGCUUCUUUUAGAGAUUGGUCUUCUUUUUUUUCAAGAUGUAAUCAAACGUUUGAUUUAAGUAUUUUCCUUCUUCAUACAUAUUCUGGGUGAAUCAUGUGCCUUGUUGAGAAGAUGUAAUGAAAAGUUAAGAUUCCUAUAGAAUCCUCUGUAAAUGUUUUGUUGAUGAAAUAAACAAAUAAAAGGAUGAAUGAAUGAUAAA